CUCCCCUGUCAGCACUCUUUCAACCUUCUCUGGACAUUUGCGGUCUAGGCUUGUUUGUGUUGGAGACCUCCGGAGAAGCACCGCGGGAAGUGAGUCAAAGUUCCCCCGUCCUGUGUGAGGGAUGAGCGGACUGUUGGAGCGCCAGGAGUCGGUGCUCGAAUAAACACGAGGACCGACCGCCAGGAAGUUUUUUUGAUUUUUUUUUUUAUAAAUCGCCGCCGAAAUGGAGCAAACGGAUGUCCCAGCCCCUGCGUCUCCCCAGGAAGUGCUGAAGCGGGAGAGGAGCAGGCCGGAGCCGGAGGGGGCCAGCAGUCCCCAGGAGAGCCUCCGGAGGAUGGAGUCGCCGGCCAGGAAAGAGGCGGAGCGGAGACUGACCAGAGCUGACGUGAUCCCGGGAUCGCCGGCCUCGCCCGGCUUGAGAUCGAAAAGAGACAUGGGCAAGUCAGAGGAGAGGCAGCAGCUGGCGAAGGAGCGCAGAGAGGAGAAAGCCAAAUAUCUGGAAGAGCUCAGCAAGCUACAAGCGGCGAAGAAGAGUCAGUGGGUGGAGAAGGAGGAGAAGGCCCGGCAGCAGAGGGAGAAGCAGCUGGAGGAGCGGCGCAGGAGGUUGGAGGAGCAGCGAGUCAUGGCCGAGAAGCGCCGGGCCGCCUUGGAGGAGAGACAGAAGCAGAAGCUUGAGAAGAACAAAGAACGCUACGAGGCCGCCAUCCACCGCUCCACCAAGAAGACGUGGGCUGAGAUCCGCCAGCAGAGAUGGUCCUGGGCUGGGAAUCAGAACCAGAAGGAAAGCAGAGGCUGCGUCUCCACCGUCAACCUGCCCAAACACGUGGACUCGGUCAUAAACAAGCGGCUCUCCAAGUCCUCCGCCACGCUCUGGAACUCCCCCGGCAGAACCCGCAACCUGACACUGAGCCCCUGGGAAAGCAGCAUCGUGGACCGCCUGAUGACGCCCACCUUGUCCUUCCUGGCCCGCAGCCGCAGCGCCGCCAGCGUGCUUCCCAACGGAAAAGACGGCCGUGAGUCUUCGUCAUGGUCCGGAAGCGCAUUACCUCUUUGUAACGAAAGACCCUCCUCAGAGUCUCCGCUGUGCCCCCGCUCGUCCUCCGCCAGCCCGCUGACACUGUGCACCCACCAGCCCCGCCACCGCUGCUCCGAGCGCUGGAGGGUGACGUCCAGCACGCCCGACAUCACUCACCGACGCAGCUCCACACCCAUGGACAGGACCAAAAAAGAGAAGCGAGACAAGGAGCGGGAGAAUGAAAAGGAGAAAAAUGCACUGGCAAAAGAGAAGUUUCUCAAGAAGAAGCAGUCUCUUCCCGGCAUGAGACACAGAUCAGAGCUCAGCCCCAGCCCGCUAUCGAGGCCCCGGACGUCCUCGCCUGCCACGGCGAAGGUCAGGCCCGCCUCCCCUAGCCCCGCCUCCUCACCGAAGCCUCUGUCGGCGCGCGGCAGCCCGUCGACCCCAAAAGGGCGGCCCAGGAGGGCGAGGACCCCCGCCAGGGUGGACCACCGCACCUCCUCGCCCGUCCCCCUGGAGAGAGUGAGGGAGCCCCGCAGGCCGCUCACGCCGGACAACAGUCGCCGUUCUCCUGUGGUUCCUGCAGGCCGAGCGGCGUCCAACAUCUCCGGCUCUCUGGCCGCCUCCCCGUCACCCGAGCUGCUCAGGAGAGACGGCGGUCCGGUGCAGGCGGCGUCCCCGUCCAAGCCCACGGCGGGCACCAACGACCCCGAGGAGGCGGCACGCAUCCUGGCCGAGAAGCGGCGGCAGGCUCGCGAGCAAAGAGAGCGGGAGGAGCAGGGGCGACGCCAGCAGGAGGAGACAGAGAGGAUCCUGAGAGAGGAGCGACUGGCGAGGGAGGCGGAGGACCAGCGUCGCCGCGAGGAGGAGGCCCUCGCCAUGGCCCAGGAGCAGCAGAGGAGGGACCAAGCCCGGCGGCUGCAGGAGGAAAAGGAGGCCGAGGAGCGAGCCAGGGCCGAGCACCAGGAGAACCUUCGCUUGCAGAAACAGAAGGAAGAAGCCGAGGCCAAAGCUCGUGAGGAGGCGGAGAAGCAGCGAGUGGAGAGGGACAGACACUUCCAGAAGGAGGAGCAGGAGAGGCUGGAGAGGAAGAAGCGCCUGGAGGAGAUCAUGAAGAGGACGCGCAAGACGGACGCAGGCGAAAAGAAAGAGACUAAAUCCCCAUCGCCCCCUCCUGUCAGCAAGGCAGAAUGCAGCCAAGAAUCUGCCCAACAACAACAACAACAACAACCCGCCAACAACAACAACAAAACGGAGCAUGGCCAGAGCGGCGUGAGACAAAGCCCCCAGACCCAGACCCUGAACGGGGUCCAGCUGGGCGUGAGACACGAGAACGGCCUGUCCGGCAAAGGAGAGGCCGCCAGCUUUGAGGAGAUCAUCAUUAACGCCGCCAACGGGGCGAAGGGCAGGUCCGAGACCGGCAUGGCCCCUGAGGACAUCCUGGGUUUUGAGAGCGAGGACAGCUUCGUGAAGAAGGCGGGGCCAUUGAAACCGCAACAUGUUGCAGAGGUGCUGUGACGACGCGGUAGUCCCGCGUCAAGGCAUUGGGCCUCACACUGGAAGACGGCACGUUCUGAACCCCUCAAUAAAGGUCUCUGAAGAUGAAAGGACGGGAGGGCGCGAGCACCGGACAGGAUGUGAGGUGUUGCCGCAGGAAAGGAGUCCGUGCACCUUAUUCCAGGUAUCAUCAUCCUCUGUACAGGACAAAUAUGUCUUCAACUUGCACGUGAACAGAAGAAGGUAGAAAACACACUGAAGAGAAUUGCUGUGUAAAAAAUGCUGAUUGUUCAUAACUGCUAUGAAUGAUGGGAGGCGUUAAUAUUAAGGAUCUAAUCUACAUAAAUGGAGAUUUCUAUUUAAAAGCUGUUUCUCUUACUGGUGACAAAUGUGCAGGACUUGGCUUCAGGACUGAUCGGGAUGUGUACAUGCUAUGGGAAAUAUUUCAAGUCUUAUUAAAAGACAAACUGUCCAGUC